GAUCGCGACCGAUCGUUGAUUGCUCGCAUUUCGGAACGGGAGAUCUCAGCAGGCUAGUCGCAGUCCGAGACGGGGUUCGGUGCCCUACACAUCGCAAAGUGCUCUGCGGAGAGGGUAAAAAUAAAAGUAUACGUAUUUUUUUUGAAUGAAAAUAACGCAACGCGAGUGCAUAAAUAAAGCGAAAACGUGUUCUUUGAUUGUGCCACCGUACUAUCGCAGGCAAAGAUUGGGAAAUGGCAGCCAGUGAAACGCCACCCGCAGAUCCGGCGGUGGAAGUGUCGCCACCGUUAAAGAACUCCGAAGACGUCACUCUCGACGCUAUCCUGAAGCAUCUGGGGCAGUUCGGUCGCUUUCAGCUGAUCAUAUUCGUACUAAUCUGCAUACCGAUGAUGUUUCACGCCAUGUUCUCGGUCACAUACGUGUUUACCGCUGCCACAGUGACGCACAGAUGUAGCGUGGAAGAGUGCGAUUUGCCAGGAAGCAACUACUACGAGCCAUACACCGAUUGGAGCAUCCCCAAGAACGGCAAGGAUCUGGAUUCCUGCAAUCGGUACAUCAACUCGGAGCUGCCCCACUGGAACUAUUCGGUUGAUAUCUGCACGCCCGACCACUUCACAAAAAACACAGAGGCCUGCGCCCACAAUAAGUUUGUUUUCCGCGACGAUGAAGUUACCAUUUCCAAUGACUUUGGCAUUUUCUGCAAUGAUGAAUGGAAGUUGUCUAUGGUGGGAACCAUAAACAACCUGGGACAAUUCUUCGGCAUUCCCAUCGGAGGCUUUGUAGCGGAUCGAUAUGGGCGGAGUUUCUCAAUCGCUCUAGGCGGAAUAUUGGGAGCCGUGCUUGGCAUAAUUCGCUCCUUCUCGCCCAGCUAUGGUUGGUUUCUAGUGUUCGAGUUUCUGGACAACAUGACCAGCAGUACGCUGUACUCCACCUGUUUCGUGAUUGGGAUCGAGCUGGUGGGACCCAAGCGACGCGUGCUAGCGUGCAGCGUGAUUACGGUAUUUUACGCGGUGGGUGAGGUGCUGCUCGCCAUGUCGGCCAAGGUGUUCCAUGAUUGGCGGAUGCUACUGCGCAUCACUUACGGUCCCUCGUUGAUCUUACUGGCCUACUUUUGGAUACUACCGGAGAGCGUGCGCUGGCUGCUCAGUCAGGGGAAGGAGGAGCGGGCCAAAAAUAUCCUUCGGCGAGCCGCCCAUGUGAACAAGCGCGAACUGCCGGAGAGCGUGUUGGACAAGCUUGUUCUGGCAAAUCGGGACAAAUUGCAGGAGUCAUCGGAAAGCCGUUUCCCAAUACGCGAAGCUUUCAAGAACUUCAAGUGGCGCAUUGCUAACUGCUCCUUCUGUUGGAUUGUCCACGUGCUGGUCUACUACGGAUUAAGCCUUAAUGUUGUGCUGUUGGAUGGAGACAAGUACAAUAACUUCGCUUACAUCGCCCUGGUUGAGAUUCCCGGGUUCUUUAUGCCUCUUCUCAUCAUGGACCGCUUCGGCCGGCGGUACUCUCUCUGCGGGCUGAUGUUGACCAGCGGUCUUUGCUGCAUCGGGACCAUCUUUACUGGCCCGGACCAGCCGGUGCUUCAAUUGGUGCUAUUUCUUGUUGGCAAACUGACUAUCACUGCCAGCUUUCAGGUGCUCUAUUUCUUCGCCUCAGAGAUUUAUCCCACGAAUCUGAGGAACAGCCUGCUUAGCUUCUGCUCUAUGAUGGGCAGGUUUGGUUCCAUGCUGGCCCCACAAACGCCUCUUUUGGCCAAGUAUUACGCCAAUGCUCCUGCCAUGCUCUUUGCCGGCGCCGCCAUCGUGAGCGGUUUGCUCACUCUGUUUUUCCCAGAGACCACCAACGUUGUUUUGCCUACAACAGUGCAGGAAGCGGACGCCAUAGGCGUCAAGAAGCACUCGAAGAGCAAGGAUCUCGAUCUAGUCGUCACGUCAUCUCAGGCGCAAUAAUUUUAAAGUAAUCCUAUUUUAAGGCAGUCUGCAAUAACCCAUUUCUCUGCAAAUGUGUUACAACUCUAAGAAUUAACCAUACUACACAAAUACAAUAUUUAGUAUUUACA